AAAAAAAAAAAAAAAGAAAAAAAAAAAAAAAAAGAAGCAGCACCGUGACAAUGGCAACAUCAAGCAUCUCCUAAACGGCAGUCAGGAAAAAAAGAAAAAAGAAGGGGGCGGGAGUUGGAACCUGCUCGGCCGCCUUGCCAGCGCCUCUUGGUGGGAAUACGAACCGUGGCAUGGAGCGGCGCCCGAGACGAGAGUCGCCGCGUCUCCAUCACUGAGAGGCGGGUCCACCUGCUAACUGCAGGCCCGGACUGCUGCUGCUGCUGCUGGAGGAGGAAAACACUCACACGCAACAACAACAACAACAAAAAAAACCAAAACAAGGGGAAGCGAGCGGAGCCGGCUCGGCUGCAGGGUGGAGGACAUGCGGCGGGGACGCGUUUGCAUUUGGCAGGAAUCGAGACGCACAUUCUCCCAUUCCGUCCGAAGCCCUUGCGGAGGAUCCGUUUGCGACGCGGGGGGAAAGACGCAGUUUUUUUUUGGGCGCACACGCUCAUCCGGAGACAGCAGCUACGUUCACCGUGGACUGGGAACGCCAUGCUUUUAGCGGCGGCAGGCUCGUUUGAUUCGGCGCACACAGGGAGCCGUGCUGGAUUCCACGGCUUUCAUCAUGCUUUAAGCAGCGUUUAAGAAAGGUGGGACAGUCAAAAUGAUGCGUAGGAGGACAAGCCUUGAGCCGUAUUGAUGGACGUGUUACCAGACAGCGGUCUCACACUCAUCGUGAAGACUUCCCAAACAGAUAAUGCAAUCGCAGUGGAGGACCCAGGGGUAUGUGAGCAGAGCGGUGAUCUGAGUCUACACAGACUUGUUGAUGCUGCUCUCUCUCCAUCCUUACCUCAGCCUGCUGCCGAGUCAUCACAGCGGGUCUGCCCACCGCACCAGAGCAACACACCCGCAUCACCAGCUCUCUGCUUCCCCCUCCCACUUGGCGCUGAUCCCUCUCUCAGUCUCACCGCAGCUCCUUGCCCUCCUUCCCAUGAGGUUCCAAACGUAGUCCCCCUUUUUCACGACAUGUCCAGUCCCGCAUCACUUCCCAACCCAGCUGGAAGCUCCUGGGGCCCAGCGGGAGACGCCCAGAAGAGCAUUCGGUUGCCUGCUGUCACCUCUCUGUCAAUGACAAUGAUGGAGCCUGACAACGUCUCUACUCUGGCGGAGGAGUGUCUCCUUCAGCCGACACGCACCUGCCUUGGUUGCUUUAUUGAGACCCGCGAUGCCACUUCAGUACAAAACCCACCGCACGAGCCUAGCACAAGCCCUAAUUCAGAAAAUGGACUAAGCGUACGGAUAGGGGACGUGAACCGAGAGGACUUCUCUGACAUCAACAAUAUCAGCAUUCAGUGCCUGAGCCAUGCGGGGGAGGCGGUGAGUCACUACGGAGAACAGCUACUCUCUGACCAGCUACUUAGCUUUCCCCUGCCCAAAGCCCCAGAUGAGGGCAAGAGAGCUGAAGGAAACAAAACAACAAAUGACUGUGAUGACCCCGAGGAUGAUGCAACAACUAAGAACUUAUAUGAAGGACUGUUAUUGGAUAAAGUGAGUGGAGAAGAGGUACUGCUGGCAAAUGCCAGCCAGGACUGGGGCUACUUUGAAUCCUUCAUCAGCGAGAGCAAGAUGGAACUGCUGGACCUAUGUUCAAAAAAUGAGCUGUCAGUCAACCUCUUCUCAGAAGAAGACGUUGAUAAUUUAUUUGACGAUGAAGAUGACGACUCGACUUUAAGCAGUGAUGUUUGUUCGCUAAAGAUUCGGUAUGAGUCGUUUCAGGACAACAUGAGGGAAAAAACAAAUGUGCUUCAGGAGGAGACACAGUUAAAUUUCUUCCCUAGUGUCCUGGCCAACUCUGCCAAGAAAGAAGAAGGAGUAGGAGUCUUGAGGAGAAGUGUUGAAGAGCUUCAGCCCAAAAUCGAUGAGCUCAUCCUCGAAACAGGACAGGAGGAAACGCCAGGGGACUGCAAUGGUGAGAGCCCCCUUGACGGCUCCCAAUGCUCACCCAUGUCACCUCCUAAAAUCAACUAUGUAAUAGAUUUUAAUUCCACAGAGGAAUCAGGGGAAUUCAGUGAUGACAGCUCCUGUACUGGCUCCUCCUCAGACACUGUGCAAGAGGGCAAAUAUAAGAAGGGGCACUCCAAAAGAUUCUUCAGCCCCUCCAAUCCACUUAACUAUGGCUUGCGCUCGAAGAGAAAGGUCCGAUACAGUGAUGAUUACUUAUAUGAUGUGGAUUCACUUGAAAGUGAGAAGAAUGCAGAGAAAAAAGACAAAACCCCAUUAGGUCAGAAAGAGGAGGAAGAUGUAGACUGGUGCCCCAAAAAAAGGAGGAAAUCAUGUCGUAAAGACCCACCCGUGGUCAUCAAGUACAUCAUAAUCAACAGGUUUAAAGGAGAAAGACUAAUGUCAGUGAAACUGGGAAAACUAAACCCUGCGGAUGGUACUGUGAGCUUAAAUGCCAACACAAUAAGCAAAUAUGAGACACUGGCUCCUCUGAAAGAUUUCUGGCAGGAGAAGCAAAGAAAGCGCCAGGAGCAGCUCAAGCUGGUGGCCAGAGAGAGACAACGCAGUUUUCAUCUUAACGGACGCCGCCAUCGUCCUUUUCAUUCUAAUCAUCCUAAAAGGAAAUACAAGUUCGCUAACAGAAUUAAGGUUCAGAGGAUUCACACAGUGCAACAGACAGUCAUUGUGCAGAAUUCCCUGCCCGCUGAUCAGGCCCACGGAGAUGUCGCUAAAGACGAGGCCACCCCAAUCGCGGAGGAGAUAAUAGCAGCCCCAGGCAUCCCGGUCACAUUGGACAUAAACUCUAUCUCAAACAUGGUGAUAACCAAGAGUCGCUCGCAAGAGAGAGAGGAGAGAGAGGGAAGGAGAUUGGGAGGAAAUAAAAUAGUUAGGAUAAGAAAAUUCAAAAGUGAAGCAAGGCUGAGAAGCCAGAAAAUGAAUGCGACCCAAGAGGAAGAGAGGAAGAGCGUGACAAAUGAAUCGGAUACCAUUGUCGCUGCAGCAAACACUGAUGAUCCUUCUGCUGGGCUAAACGAUACAAGCAUGAGCUCCACCACAACCAAACUAGACUUCUCUGAUAAUGCCACCACAAUUGAAACAGACAAAGAGAAGCAAUUUGUUUCGUCCUCCGACUCCCCUGACAAAGCACCAUCCUCAGAAGAGGUUGAAACGGGCGUUCCUGUCAUCCCGGGGGGCUAUCUGCAGACUUUGCUAGAUGCUACGGACUCCUCUGGAGGUACAUCUAUCCCAUAUUUUUCCCAGCAUUCGUCCAGGCAGCAAUACCCUGUGGGCCUAUCCCUAGAGGAGAAACAGUUUUCUUCUCUUCAACUUGCUCAAAGCUGUGUCCUCUCCCCUCCCUCAGAAUCAGAGCUUCAACAGUCUCCCCAGAAUUGUCCCAGCUUCCCCCAAAUGUGGCACCCACAACUCUGCACCAAUCAUAACCAGAGCUUUGGGCCUGAGACGCCUGAAACCCCAAUUUUACCCAACAACUUCCCGACUGUUGUCCCGUUGAACGAAAACCUGCCAGUGUCUAACUACAGCCAUGUCGACCCAGAGGGUGAACAGAUACUUUAUGAGAAGAGCUAUCUAACUGAGCCUGAGCUACAGUCUGGGGCAGAUCUGCAAGUGUGUCAGUCUACCUGUGUGGACGGCCAGGUGCAAUACCAGAGAGGGUCUCUAUGUACAGACAAUGGAAGACUCAUCAGCUAUGACUCGGUAGGCUCCUUAUCAGCCUCAAGCAAUUACAGUUCACUAAGCCUCAAAUCGUGUGAGCGAGAAGGUGAGGAGGAGGGCAGAGACAGUUUCUUAGCCCAUUGCAGUCCUAAAAUGGUGAUUCAGCAGAGUGUGGAUGCCCUCACACCCCUCAGGGAGUCCUCAGACCUGCUGGACAUCUCUAACUUUACUCCUGACAAAUUUAGACACUCGUCAUUGUCGGAGCUUUCACCGCCUGAGACGCCCAACCUCUCCCCGCAGGUCGCGGGGCGUGACAUGAAAAUACCAGCAAAUGUUGGAAAAUACCAAGAUGUAAACGAUUUGACAGUGGAGCGCAAUAGGGACGUUAAAUGGAACUGUGACAUUAUACAGCAACAGGAGCACACAGGAAAUUCCUACACCGUAGAAGAUAGUCAGUUUCCACUGCACAAUUAUAACAACCAGGAUGUUGUAUGUGUAGAUACAAAGGAGCUGGGGGUUACGGACUUCGAUGAACAGACUGCUGAAAUGGCAGGGCCCAAAAGCAUAAAGGCAAAGAGGAAAGGUAAUUACAAACAGACAGCUGCAGGACAAAGCCAAAAGAAAGUCCGUGCCCCAAGAACCCCUAAGUCUGAAAAAGUAAAGUCUCCCAAACAGAAUUCCCGUUCCACCAAAAAGAUCAAAGCCAUGUUAGAGGGUAAGGCAGCCAAGAACCAGGUGGACGGGUGUGGUAUAGGCUUGCCUGACAGUACCAGCACCGGGGACUGGUCUGGCCCUGGUUGGUCAGAGAGCAACAGUCUCGUCGGAGAUGAUCAGAGAGAGUUUGAGGAGCCCUCAAAUAUUCUGUCGAACAUUGUCUCUGGCAUGGCCGAGGUCCAGAGAUUCAUGAUGGCAUCCAUUGAGCCGCUGUGGAACCCAAUGUCUGAGGCUGGUAUGCCCGCUGAGGCCAACAGCCUCAACCUAAAAACCCUGAAAAUCUUGGCAGGCACUGAGUCUGAUCUGAAGAAAAAGGGUGCCAUGCUAACAGGGGCUGGGAGAGGCAGAAAGGCAGGGGGGAAAGGAGGGAAAAACCAGGCCAAAUUCAACCCCACUCAUCCCUUAUUUCCUCAACUUGCUCUGGGCUGUGACAUGUUUGACAAACCCAACUUCAUUAACCCCGGGCCUGCGCACAAAAAGCUGUACCGUCACAAGACCAGUGCAAAGUUUCCUCGCAUUGAAACACUAAAGGGGAAACGAGCUGAGAGAGACCCCAAUAAGGACAUAGCACUGAUGACCUCUUUUGAGAAACUGAGGUAAUAUUUUGUUAUCAGCUGCUGUUGCACCCCCCCCCCCCAUCCCCUCCCUCCCCCCCCCACUAUACCUGAGCCCUCCCUCACAAGCAUACCUUCACUGACGCUAUGCCAGAGCUGCAUGAGAACUACGUUCCCCCUUGAUUUCUCUCACUUCCUUUUUAACCCCUGAAGGAAAUUAAUAUCUGCAUGGAAAAAACAAACAAAAAAAAACUUCUUGUACUUUGCAAACUACCUAUUGAGUGAUUGUGUCGAGCUUGAUUGAGAUUUGGAAAACGACCACGGCUGCAUUUUUCCCCUUGCUUUUGUUGUUUCUGCUUUGUUUGUUCUUUCUUAUAGUCAUUUAUUUUUCAUUAUUUUGUGGGGGAAAAAAAGAGAAUAAGCUUUGAAAACUGUUCUGUAAGUUUUUGGAGGAGUUUUUUUUUUUUUUUUUUGGUAAUUUCUCAGCAAAACCUGCUCCCCCCGAAGUAUGUAUUUAUACCCCGCCUUCCCCCCUUAAAGAUGUAGCUAUAUACACAAAUGCAUUGAGUGACAUCUACGCACCCCUCCUCCUCAUCUGUUUUUGUAUGCAGAAUGUGGAUGUCCUGUUGUUGCCGUCCUUCAUACACUGCCUGGCUCAUUUCAAGAGGAAAACCUACCGUUAACGAGCCCUAUUUAAUCCCAAGGCAUCUUGAAAACACAAGAUGGGACCGUUUUGUAUUGAUGACAUAUCAGAUGUCUUUUUCACCCCUCGAGGUCGGAAUGAUUUCCUUUAUUGAGCAUUUUUUGUUUUGUUUUUUUUCUUCCGGAGCAUCGAGGAACUGGUUAUCUACAUUUACAUUUUUACGCCUUGCAAAGUCAUUAAAGCUCCACCCUCAGAGUAUUUUUGUCAUUGUUGUUGUACAGGGACAUGCAAUAUUUGCAAAAAAAGAGAUAAUUAUACCUUAAAAAUCAAUGUGCCAAAAGUAACAAUGCUGUGUAAAUGACCUCUUAUGUAUGUGUGAAUAUUGGCUGUUCCGAUUUUCUAUCUACUGGAAUAUUGACUCCUUGCAGAGACUUGCCACAACAGGAAUUCUUUGUUUGGGACUCUCGUCUCUCUUGUCUGAUGAAAAGGCACCAACAGCUGGCAGUGGUGCACCGCCACUCACUAAACCAAAUCAGAAACACUCUCCUUGUCCCACACACACACACACACACACACACAUCGUUUGCCAAAUUCAAUUUACCUCAACAUCGCCCGGCGCUGGAAAGGCAACGACGAGAGAGAGACAAAGGGGAAAUGUGCUCUGAAGGCUCCUGGAGAGGAAGAGAAGGACAAGAUGAGGCAUUCGAACGAGCUUUUCUGCGGACCACGGAGAAUGUAGUACAGAUGUUUGAGGCUAAGCGAGGAAAUGAUUUGUCAGUUUGCCGAAAAAAACUGUUUUGGACUGGGAAUUCAAGGCAGUUUGUCACACACAGAGAUUCAAGAUGCACGCCUACGGUCCUGAAUGCGGCAUUUCUUUUGCAGUUAAUGUGAAUGUGAACGCAGUUUUCAGUACAAAUGGAAUCGCCAAUCUUGUAAAUGAAGGAAAAGCACGUCUUUUCAUUAGUUCCAUGCGGGAAGCUUAUGUUUAACCAAUCAAAAAUAACGAUUAAUCAUCUCACUCUUGUUUAGUUUGUCGUAACACCAUACUUGCCAACCCUCCCGGAUUUUCCGGGAGACUCCCGAAAUUCAGCGCCUCUCCCGAAAACCUCCCGGGACAAAUUUUCUCCCGAAAUUCACCCCAGCCACGCCCCCUCCAGCUCCAUGCGGACCUGAGUCCGCUUUCCCACGAUAUAAAGAACGUCUACAGUAAAGCAGUCACGUCUGCCGUAAACAGCAAUGUUGUGACACUCUUAAACAGGACAAUACUGCCAUCUAGUGCAUUUGAUGAAAGCACUUUUGUGCGUGCCACACAGCAAUGCAUCAUCAGAGAGGGUGUUCAGCAUGGUUAGAAAGAUAGUGACAGAGAAUAGAACAAGGAUGGACAAUUCAACCCUUAACUCAACAAUGAGUAGAUGAGUGUUAUGUGUGUGUAUAUGUGUAAAUAAUGAACACUGAAAUUCAAGUAUUUCUUUUAUUUAUAUAUUUAUAUAUAUAUAUAUAUAUAUAUAUAUAUAUAUGAAAUACUUGACUUGGUGAAUUCUAGCUGUAAAUAUACUCCUCCCCUCUUAACCACGCCCCCAACCACGCCCCCGCCCCAACCACGCCCCCCGCACCC